AUGAAGAUGCAAAUCACCGACAUUCUUGCUGCUCUGGCUCUUGCUGCCACUAUAUCUGCUGCUCCUGCCGAGUCAGCUGAAAUUGAAAGCGCUGCUCCUGCACAAGGCGUAGGCUGCUACCAGCAGGGCACUCCUCGCAAGCCCGCAAUCUGUGCUAUUCCCAACUGCCCAGGCGGCUACCGCCCUGUGUUCUGGGACUUUGGAUGCCCAGACGACAGCUGGAAGUGCUGUGUUUAA